AUGAACAUGGUGGAUAAGGGCAAGUUGUGGUCGCAGGACCGCGCCAUGUCGGCAGGUGAAUCACCACCGCCACUUCUAAGCCCACUACAGACCGGUCAGAACGAUAUUGCACCCAUUUAUAAGUUUGUAUUAACUGGUGGUCCAUGCGCCGGUAAGACCACAUCGCUUGACCGCCUCUCAACCUUUUUCCGAGACCGUGGCUUUCGAGUGUAUGUCGUUCCGGAAGCUUCGACGUUAUUGCAAACAGGUGGUGCAUUUUUCCUAGAUCUCAAGGAGAAGGAUAUCCUCAAUUUCCAAUGGCAAAUUCUAAAUCUACAGAUUUCGCUUGAAGAUUCUUUCUAUUCUUUGGCUCAGGAUAGUGGCAAACCUUGUGUAAUCCUGUGUGACCGAGGAGUAAUGGAUGGCUCAGCUUACAUGACGCCCGAGCAGUGGGAAGACCUCAAGCUCCAGCACGACCUGGACACUGUCACGUUGCGAGACACCCGCUAUAUUGCCAUUUUUCACCUGGUGACGGCUGCCGACGGUGCUGAGAAAUUUUAUUCACUGGAGAACAAUGGCAUUCGCAUCGAAUCCAUUGAACAGGCUAAGGCCAUUGACGCACGUACAUGCCGUGCCUGGAUUGGUCACCCGAAGCUCUACGUGUUCGACAACUCGACGACUUUCGAGGGCAAGAUGCAGCGUCUUGUGGACACAGCGGCCGGGUUGUGUGGUAUUCCCACGACGGUUAGGGCAUCCCGAAAGUACUUGCUUACCAAUACACCAGUUGAGAUUCCGUUCCACCACGAGGACUUUGAGGUGGAAAAGGUGUAUCUGAAGCCCGAGGCUGCUAAGACGAGCAAGGACUACUCUUUUGUGCGUUGCCGUUCUCAAUAUGGCAUUCCCGCCUAUGGCAUGACCACCGUUCGCUACCUCAACACCGGUGAUGCUGUGCAUCUCAAGCGCGUUCUCAGUGCGCGUGAGUACUCGUACGCUGUAAGACAUCGCCGUGACCCAGCGCGGAAUGUGAUCAAGCAGCAGCGAAUGUGCUUCCUGUACAAGAACCAAUCGUUUCAGAUCCACGUCUACAAGGAGCCUGUGGAAGUUGCAGCACUCACUGUGCUGCAUGUGCAGGCAUCCUGUGAAAAUGACCAGGACAUUGUCAUGCCGUCGUUCCUGAGCAUUGAGAAGGAGCUGCCUGGCUCGGACGAGACCAUGUCGGCCUAUAACGUGUCGAAGAAAAAUCUCGUGGAUGAUGUCGAGAGAAAAGAGUCGGCGGAAGUGUAG